CUCACUCUCAGCUGUCGCUGUCAACGCUGCUAUGGCCAUGCCUGAUCCCGUGAUCGCUCGUUUCGCAAUUUAGAGAGGUCAUGUUUAUGAAGACUGCUUUAUGCUUUUUAAAUACCCCUAUUCGUCGCACAAAACCGCGUGCGUUGCUCUAUCUCCGACUAUCGACUCUGCAGUGAGUGGCGCGUUCCAAGAGGCCAUCAUAUAACCAGGUUAUUCCCGAUUUCUUUUCCGUCGAUAAUCUCGUUUUUGAAUAUGGCGCCGCUUUCGACAUCGAGAAGGCGUCCUGGUAGACCGUUUGGGAGCCGAUCUAAGUCGACUCUGAAAGCACGCUCUGACCCCGAUGCUGGAGAUGGUCCUCCGCCGAAGAGGAGGAAAUACGUUCCUGGAGGUCCUGGAGGCGGGGGAAGGUUUAUUGAAAUUGAUGACGAUGAGUCUCCGGCGAUGUCUGCUAGUCCAAGCCGGCGUAGCAACUCCGGCACUCGAACUCGUCUGGCUCGUGACGAUGAAUCCCACCCACCCGUUCGACAGCAAGCGACACUUCCUUCUUCUUCUCCGCCGCAGCAGUUGCAACAACCUCCUCCAGCGCACCCUGCUUCCUCUAUUCCCGCGACCCCUCCUUCGACUCGUCCCAGGAGAGAGAAGAGCCAUAGUCGAGGCCGCUUCACCUCUGCAACAGCUGCUGCCCUCGCAUUACAACAGGGGGACGGCUACAAACCUCGAGAAGAGAGGGGCUGGGAAGAGUUUCACCCAGACUUGGAUAUUGAGGCCAAGAUCGCUGUCUUCAGUGCCGAAGAGGUGGACGGGAUAGCUCCAUCGGCCGGGAUCCCCAAUGUUCAGUUACCGAAUGGCAAUGACAGCAAUGGCGAUGCGAAUUUCACGACCCAACUACCCCCAGUUACCAAUGACAAUUUAUCUCCAACUCCAAAACGCCGACCAGGGCGUCCUCCUCGCCGCCCUGAUUCAAUGCUCAACGGUAUCCUUCCUCCCAACCAGCCCAAGGUUGUUCCACCUCCGGGUCCGAACCCUCGUGAGAGACUGACGCUCCCUAAACCAUCCUUCCAUUUACGGGAUCCCUUUGUUCGCUAUGAGGAGAAGGGGGUCGGCCAGCAGAAUUAUGUUGAUCGUACUAUGGCCAGCGUGGGAUACCAAGAAAGCGACGUUUUCAUCCGUCAUGAGCGCAGGUUGGUUCGGAUGGCGGAAAGCGCGCAGGAAGACGACAUGGACUUGACAGUCCCCGCGGUUACCGAGGGGGACGUGAAUACUGCGAUUGGGAGGGUAGAGUAUGACAUGGAUGAACAGGAUGAAAAAUGGCUAGCGGACUACAAUGCAAAAAGGAGGGAAGAUCAACUGGAGCCCAUAAAGCCCGCGGUCUUCGAAGUCACCAUGACCAAAAUUGAAAAGGAAUGGCAUGCGCUUGAGAAACGAAUACCAAAACCAAAUCCCAAGCCGCCGCAAACACAACGCCCCCGUUCCAGUUCCGCAGCUGCUGUGAAUGGAGAACCAGUGGGAUCUGGGGAAGAGCAAGAUAGCAAGUGUGCAGUAUGUGACGAUGGUGACUGUGAGAACUCCAAUGCCAUUGUCUUCUGUGAUGGGUGCGAUUUGGCGGUUCAUCAAGAAUGCUACGGCGUACCCUUCAUUCCAGAGGGGCAAUGGCUGUGCCGUAAGUGCCAACUCAUCGGAAGAGGGACGACAAACUGUAUUUUCUGUCCAAACACUGAAGGCGCUUUCAAACAGACGACCACCUCGAAAUGGUCGCAUCUACUCUGUGCUAUAUGGAUUCCUGAGGUUUCAAUCGGCAACCCAUCACUGAUGGAGCCGAUAACCGACAUCGAAAAAGUGCCAAGGAGUCGUUGGAAGCUUCAAUGCUAUAUCUGCCGCCAGAGGAUGGGCGCAUCUAUUCAAUGUAGUAACAAGAACUGUUUCGUUGCAUUUCACGUCAGUUGUGCCAGGAGGGCUCAACUCUAUCUCAAAAUGAAGUCUGGUCACGGAAGCCCUACACUCAUGGAUUCCAGUCUUCUCAAGGCCUUCUGUGACAAGCAUGUUCCUCCGGAUUGGCGAAGAGAGCACGGUACCGAUGCAGCAACGGCUGAUGCAAUUGAAUAUUACAGGAAUACAAUGCAAGGAAGGCAGUGGGGUGACAGCCAAGCGGCGGCGCUCUCGUUGGAUCAGCCGCAUUCUUUGGACGGUGCGCUUGACCAGGAUGGACAAAGAACCAUAACUCCUCGAAUAACCCUGACCGUUGGUGGUAAUAAGCGGAAGCGAAUCGCCCCAAGGACUAUUUGGAAGUUACCGUCUGGAGCUCCGGUUAUUCCGCAGGUCGUCCUAAAUUCUGUUGCAGCCUCUCUCCAGCGCUUCUGUGUUCGCCAGCGGAAGCAAUACGCUGAAGAUGCUUGUAAGUAUUGGACGCUCAAACGUGAGGCAAGGAGAGGUGCGGCGCUUUUGAAGAGACUACAGCUCCAGCUAGAGACUUUCUCGUCCAUGGAGAUGACUAGAAGAGAUUACACAGCAAUGGGCGUUGUUGGUGCUAAACGACUGCAGCAUCGCAUUGAGUUUGGAGAUAGACUCUACGUUGAUCUCGACCGUCUGAGAAUGUUGUGCGACGAGGUCAAGAAGCGUGAAAGGGAGAAAUUAAAAGAUGCCGAGACGCUUCGAAGCAUCGUCGACCUUGUCUACUUUCCUAUCCCUCCGCUGCUCUGGCCGAUCUUUGAGAAGGCCCAGGCACUCGAUGGAAAGGGUGUCUUCAGACAGGGGCUGAUGUCCAUGCGCAAGAAACUAGAAGAGCGGGAGUACACAUCUGUGUCUACGUUCUCAGCCGACAUGGCCCAUGUGUUUACUUCUGAAAUCGGCGUCCAGCCCGCUGGGGACACCGCUGAACUUCAGAUGCAGAUCAGUGGUCGCGCCCCAGAACUCAGUCUAGAGCAGCGCGAGAAAAGAAAGUUGGCGAAGAGGAUUAUCAAAGCAGUCCAACCGACAUUGGAGGAUGCUCUCAGGAAGGAAAGCGACCUAAGUCGCAAGCCAUUCGAGAACGAGCUGAAAGAGCUGGAUUCUAUUUUCGAACAUGGAAUCUUGUCCCGACGAGUUUCGAUCCAAGACUCUGCCCCAGGUGCCGCUAUCGACCUCACUGGCGUGGUUCCGGCCGCCGCACAAAGCGAAGUGAAACAUGCUCAAGCCACUAUAGCUGAAUCAGAACUCAACAAAGAAAACCAUGUUUCUGUUCCGGUUGGGAAGACAUCUCGCGUGCAUCAGGCAGAUGCGACAGGGGCCCCUGAGCCUUCUGUGAGUACCGAAUAUCAUCCUACCAAUGAGUCGGCCGCAGUGUCCGGUGUAGAGAUUGAAGCUGUGAAUCCUCAACCUACCGCUACUGUGCCGUCAAGCAAAGCCCAGGUUCCUGAAAACAGAGAAACAAAGAAGGACCAUGGUAGCAUAAGUCUGGGACGUCCGCCGACCGGUCGUUUGAGCUCCAAAAGUAGCCAACAACCCCCCUUGGCCCAAGGGGGCAUCCAGUGGUACAUGCAACCAUUCGAUCCCGUAGGGACUACUAUCCACGAGGAGAGAUGGACGGGGCGGGAUGUCAUGCGCGGAAUGAGCGAAGAGCUCAGUGAGAUUGACGAUGAGGAGCUGCAGGGAUUAGUGGAUGAAGACUUGGAAGGGAAAGCAACGGCUGUAUCGAAUGGAACGCCGCUCAUGGCACCUGAGGCCCCGGCUGUUGAAGAGCCUGUCAAAAUCCACAGAACUCGGAGACGCUGGCGGGGAUUCAAGUGAUUUUUGAUUGUGGUGAUAUAAUACUAAUACCCAUUUGGUCCUCUUAUUUAUUCUUGGGUUUGAACGGAUCGAUGGCUUCUUUUUUCUCCCCAUUGUCUGUGUACUUACCGAGGUUUCAUUCGAGCGUUCUCAACCAUCUUUUCCUGUAUUGAACAAUAUGCAUGAUCCAGGCAGAUAACAUGUAGUUAUAUAGAACAGCAUAAUAAUGCCAUCCAUACCUACAGCGUAAACGA